AUGUCUUGUUUAUCUUCUACAUUACUGUUACAUCAGUUGGUAUCAGAACAAGUUAAUAUUUCAAUCAAGGUUAAAAAAUAUCAUGAACUAAAUCUGCUCAUAUUAAUGAUGAUGAUUCACCUGAAGUUUUUACUAUCAUAA